UGGCCCAGUAAGUAACACCAUCUCAGCUCUGUGACGUCUUUCUGGUGUCUUUUCUUCUUCUCCCUCUAUCUACCUAUCCAUCUCUCUCUCCUACUCUGUCUUUCUCUACCUCUGUCUCUGUGUAUUAUUAGCGUUGUAGAUGCACCAAUCAAAUCCUGCCCCCCCUCAGAUGCUCAGGUGAGUGUUUAGAUGGGGAAAGGAAUGUGUUAUUGUGUUAUAUUGUCACUGGGCAUCUGCUUUACCUCUGUGGUGUUUCCAGUGAGGCUCUCAAAACCAGAUUAUCAGCUUAUUUUUAAAGUGCCUUAAUUAUGCGUGCCAACACCGAAAGAGUAUUACAGCUUAUCUGCUCCUUUUCUCUUAAACAAACAGAAACAGGGAAAUUGAAUCACUUAUAAAUGAUUGAAAUAUGUCAUUUCUGCAUCCCUGAUGGCACCAAAUGGAACCACAAUUCAUUUAAUUGACUUUAACAACAAAGCCUUUCAUAGAUUAUCAUUUUUUAAGAGCAAAAACUGUAUUUUUUCAAAUUUAAAUGUAUUUUUAGCAUGUUUGUUUAUGUUUUAUUAUGUCAAACUCAUGGUUAAAAGCUUAGCAAUGAUGCUGUGCAAUUCCACCAGUCUGCUGCAAGCCUAUGGAUAGUUUCUAUUGGUGCAUUUUGCAACUAUAAAUGAAUAGCUCUGCAUUUUCCCAUCAAUUUUAAUUCAAUUAUGUCUUGCUUAAUGGGAUUUAAGUUCCCCCCACUAAAGUCAUUAAAUACACACUAUAGGAACUAUUGAUUUUUUUCGCCAACCAGACCGUUUCUGUGUGUAAAAUAUAAAUGGAAAAUUGUUUCUGGAAGCAAUGCAGCUGAAAUAGCAGGCAGAAACUAAUGCGCUUACUUAUAUACGUCAUUUUACACUACACCGAGAGACGCUGACCACUGCAAGCAAGUUAAACAUGUUAAACUGGCAAAAACAAGUGCUGACCGAUGGCAAAAGUCACAGACGGCGGAAACGCUCUGAUCCGACAAAUCCAGACGAAGUUUGUGCAGUCAUUGAUCAGUGUCUGUCAAUGCAGUUUUAAUCGUUUUAAACCUUACAGUAAGGGUGGGAUUUUUUAUUUCUCUUUGGUGCAGCCAGUUAUGUAGAAAUGACACACUUUGACUUUUAAGAAAGUCCAGUCGUCAAAAACCUAACGAAUAGUUCAUUUGCAAAAGCAGAUUUCAAGUAGUUUUCAGGAAUGAUGUUUUUAUGUUGUGUAUUACUGAAGAGUACUAUUUCAAAGACAUGAUUUGUGAUCCUGAACCACAAAACCAGUCAUAUCUUAUAUGUCCUGUAUAUAAAUAAGCUUUCUAUUGACGUAAUGUUUGUUACAAUAAGACAAUAUUUGACCAAGAUACAACUGUUGAAAAUAUGGAAUCUAAAAUAUCAUAAUACUGAGAAAAAUUGCCUUAAAAUUGACACAAUUUGGGGCUUAGCAAUGCACAUUAGUAAUUAAAUACUGAGUUUUGAUAUAUUUACAGUAGGAAGGUUACAAAAUAUCUUUAUGAGACAAAAUCUUUACUCAGUAUUCUUGUCAUUUUUUCACUGUAAAAAUUGCUGGGUUACACAAUGAGCCUAAUUGGGUGGAAAGCUAUGCCAUAAUUAGAAAUAUUCUACAAAUAUUUUAGCAAAGUCAGUCUUAGCAGCACGUGGGGUCUACAAAGUUGCACAAUUCGCAACGGGUGUCAUGCGCAGCAAUGCUCUAGCUCCUGAGACAGCAUCUUCUCUACUGGCACACAUUCACACCGCACACGCAAACAGAGCUGAAGCAGCGUGUAUGUAUCACAGAAAAUCAGUGGAUCUUAUCCAUGCAUUUAUUGGGUAAAAUUGCUACUUUUUACUGUCAUUCAGUGUGAUUUUAGUCAUUAUCAUUUUAAUUGAGCAUGAGCAGUGGCAAAAAUAGACCCAGUGCCAGAAUGAUCUUGCCACUGCUGCUUCAGCUCAUGCUCCGCACUGAUAUGCUGCUUCUGCGUUCGGUAUGAAAGUUCCAAUCUGUAAAUAUGGACGCCGAAAAACACGCUUCUGCUCACGCUCUGCUUUAGAUUAGCGACUUUAGAUUAGUAAGCUACGGUGACAUGGCGCAUAUGAAAUAAAUCACAUCAGUACAUAAUAACCGGUUAUGAUUAUUACUGAACUGAGACCAAAUUGUCCGCGUCUGCAUCGUGGUGCACCGAAGAAACAAUUCAUUUUGACACCCCUACAAUGCAAUUUACAUGCUUCGUCCGUGUUGUAUUAUUCAUUAAAAUCAAUCUAAAGUAAUUGCUGUAGUUCAAACAACUCUGAAUUGUAGUUGAGCAACUGUUAUAAUGACCCACGUAUUAAAAAAAAUAGUCGGAUUUAAAUCGGGCUCAUAAUUACAGUUAAUGUGUUGGACCGGGUUGGGCUUGGACACAAGGUACACAGGCUUGGGUAGGGUCAGGUUUAAUUUUUUAGCCCGAACUAAGCUCUAGUCCCAACUCAAAUCAAUUGAAUUAACUUAAUUGUUUUUACAAUUUUAAGUGGAUUGAACAUAAAAUAAUUAAGUUGUCCAUAAAAAAACACUCAAGAAUUGUGUUGAUUCUGCUCACUUGAAAUAAGUAGUUUGGGAAGUAAUUUUUUUGAGUGCUUUAAAUAAGAAAUCAAUCAUUUUAAACCAUACAAUGUAUUUUAAAUGUACAGUUGAAGUCAGAAUUAUCAGCUCCCCUUUGAUUUUUCUUUUUUAAAGAUUUCCCAAAUGAUGUUUAACAGAGCAAGAAAUUUUCACAGUAUGUCUGAUAAUAUUUUUUCUUCUGGAGAAAGUCUUAUUUGUUUCAUUUCGACUAGAAUAAAAGCAGUUUUAAAUUUUAAGGUCCAAAUUAUUAGUCCCUUUAAGCCAGGGGUCACCAAACUUGUUCCUGGAGGGCCGGUGUCCUGCAGAUUUUAGCUCCAACCUUAAUCAAACACACCUGAACAAGCUAAUCAAGGUCUUACUAGGUAUAUUUGAAACAUCCAGGCAGGUGUGUUGAGGCAAGUUGGAGCGAAACCCUGCAGGGACACCAGCCCUUCUGGACCGAGAUUGGUGACCCCUGCUUUAAGCUAUAUUUUUAUAUUCCAGGGUCACAAAAGUUGCUAAGAAAAUUGCUAAAACCUGAUUUCUGAAAAGUUUUUAAAGCAGCGUUAUCUGUUUUCGCAAAUGAACUCUUCAAAUAUUAUUAAUCCUUUAUAAAAAUCCUGCUAUUUUAAGAAACCCAAAGAUAAAUGACUGAAACCAUAGUCAUCAUUUUUUGUUCUACAAGUUUGCAAAAACAACAAUUUAUUACACCUGUCCGAGAAAACAACAACUGCUGCUCUAUUACUGUGCGAAUUUCUGUUUGCUUGUUGCCUUCCAGGUACCAGGUGUUUUGUUUUUGUUCUUAUAUAGGUGGUGUUAUUAUCAAGUAAACAAUAAGGAAAGUAUCCAUUCUUAUGACCAGCUUUGAAAUCAUAGAUUUGGGGUGCGACUUAGCUAUAUAGGGGCACUGCAUGUAGCACAAGCUUAGCCUAGAUAGAAAGGAGGAUAGGCUAACGUUUUCUUCAAGGAGAGCUUCUGUCACUGUCCCACCAUGGGCGACACAGCAAGGCUCUGUCUCGUUCAGCCGUGUGGAGAGACAAAUCGGGCUUCUCAAACAAAAACGAUCUGUUUAAUCGACUUUUUCUCCCUGUUGUCUAUAUUUAGCAACUCCCUGUAGAACAUCUCCUUGAAGAGAUACCUGUCCUUGCUCUGAUGACGGAGCUCGGGGGUGGUUUGUAAAGGCAGACUCCACAGGGUGUCCUGCGGGGAGAGCACACGGCAGGCAGAGCCGGUGAGGAUUCCUGGGAGGUAAGGGCAUGUUUUUUACGCAGGGCUGGAUCAAGAGUUAAUGCUGUUUGCUGCCCUCUCUCUCUCUCUCUCUUUCUGUCUCUUCCCCCUCUCUCAUUUGAUCUCUGUAAUUAUCUCAUGUGUGUUUUGAAAUGAUCCGGCGGAGAUUAAAACGGGUGAUUGUGCAAUGUCUGAUUUCGGGAUCUUGUGCCAAUGGACAAUUGAUUCAGACUCCUUCAGAUUUGCUCAUUGGAAAAAAACGGACUCUUGUGGGGUUUUUAUAUUUGCUGGGGUUUCUUGUUUUGGACAUUCUCUCUCAGAUUCAGGCCAUUUUCAGACCCCACACCUCUUGUCCUCAAGUGUGUUGGAUUUUUGAGCAUUCUCAUGGACAUCUUUUUGGGCAAAUGUGUGGUGUAAAUGGGUCUCGUAAGAUGUGCGUCAUUCAGGGAGGGAUCGCUGCCCCACUAACCUUGAUUAAAAAAUAAUUGGGACAGCUUUUAAGCGAUGACAACUCGCGAACGGACUCUGAAAGAACUAGAUGUGUGUUUUUUUUUCAUUUUGAUUUUGAACUCACAGUGAAACUGUCCUUUUUUUGUGUGUGUUUUUUCUCUUCAAGUGUUGAUCAAUGUUUUUCUUCCUGCUCAAAUGGCUUUGUACAUUGCUGAAUGUUUCAACUCUCAAAAGGUCAAAGGUUUUCCUUAAUAAAAUCGAGCAGCUGUGUUGAACCACAUGGGUUUGCCCGUGUUCCCAGUUUAUCCUUGACUGCGUAUGUGCAUGACAUAUUUGAUCAAACGGUGUGCGUGCGAAUGUGUGUAUUGUGCUUUGUAUGAAGUUUUCUGUGUUUUUCUUGGUGCUUCGGCACACUCUUGCUACUAACGAUUGAUUUAAUUGAUAUUAAUUUCCAGGUGUUAAAACAAAAGUACGUCUCCAUCCUUGACCUCAACCUGAUGUGACUGUAGGUAAAAAAAAAAGUCUUUGAAUCCACAAAACAAGGGGCGUUAGGUCCAUGAUUCACACAUAUCUAGGCAACCUUUCAUUGUCUCUCUUGUUCUUUACUCCAAAGGAUAGAGAAAAUAAGCGAAACCGCAAAAGGUAAACAAUUAGGCUGACAUUCUCUCUUAGUAGAAGUUGCUUCAAUGAUUAGAAGUCAUGCAUACAAUGAUCUGCCCAAGAUGUUUUAUGAUAUGAAGGUCACAGAAUGUUGUUUAGAUAAAUAAGAUCUAUAUAUAUAGACCGCAGUGGUGGUGCACGGCUAUGUUUGUAUUCUCAGUCACGCCUGCUGUGUCCUGUCGCCCCCUUGCUCGUCCUCCCUCUCCGCAGGCGUUUGUGGUUUGGCGGUUACUGGAGUACACGCAGAGGAGUGAACCCGACCUGCCCUACGGCCUGCUGCUGGUGCUGGGCCUCUUGGCCACCGAGCUGAUUCGCUCCUGGUCGCUCGCCCUCACCUGGGCGCUCAACUACCGCACCGGCACCCGCCUGCGUGGAGCCAUCCUGACCAUGGCCUUCCACAAGAUACUGCGGCUGCGCAGCCUCCGGGAGAAGAGCAUGGGAGAGCUGAUCAAUAUGUGCUCGGGUGACGGGCAGCGCAUGUUUGAAGCCGCUGCUGUGGGAAGUCUGCUGGCUGGAGGACCUCUGGUGGCCGUGUUGGGAAUGGCGUACAACUUGUUGGUAUUGGGCCCGACUUCCCUGCUAGGCUCAGCCGUGUUCAUUUUGUUCUAUCCUACUAUGAUGUUUAGCUCCAGGCUGACGGCGUACUUCAGGAGGAAGGGAGUCGCUGUGACUGACCAGCGCGUUCAAAAGAUGAAUGAGAUUUUGAACUACAUUAAGUUCAUUAAGAUGUACGCCUGGGUCAAGGCGUUCUCACAAGCUGUUAGAAGAAUAAGAGAUGAGGAGAGGCAGAUCCUGGAGCGAACAGGGUAUUUUCAGAGCAUCACAGUUGGCGUAGCACCUAUCGUUGUGGUGAUCGCCAGCGUGGCCACAUUCUCCACCCACAUGUUGCUCGGUUAUGACCUCACAGCCGCACAGGCAUUUACUGUCGUCACUGUUUUCAACGCCAUGACCUUUGCAUUGAAGGUCACUCCAUUUUCUGUCAAAUCUCUCUCGGAGGCGUCUGUCGCCAUUGACAGAUUUAAGAGCUUGCUCCUGAUGGCCGAGGUCAAGAUGAUCCGUGAGCUGCCCAGGAAUCCAUCCGUUGCUGUGGAGAUGAGCGGAGCCAGUCUGGCCUGGGAGACGGGCGGUCACAGCGCCCAGCCUUCCCCCCGCGGCACACCUCAUGUAGGAACAAGAGGCUGCCGCAAGAAGCGUCGACAGCGAGACGUCCCAAAACAUCACGCCAUAUUGGAAGAAGAAACGCACGGGCAGCUGCUGAAUGAUGUGUCUGGAGAAAUGGCAUCCAGUCCUGAAGAUCAGACUCUUCACGUGCCGACAAUCAGUCAACGUCUGCAGCGAACUCUCCACUGCAUCGAUCUCUCCAUCCAGAAGGGGAAGCUGGUCGGCGUCUGUGGUAGUGUGGGAAGUGGCAAAACAUCUCUCAUCUCUGCCAUUCUUGGCCAGAUGACUCUGUUAGAGGGAACUGUAGCUGUUGAUGGAGAUUUUGCGUAUGUGGCACAGCAGGCCUGGAUUCUCAAUGCAUCCUUUCGUGACAAUAUCCUGUUUGGGAAGGAAAUGGAGGAAGAAAGGUAUCAGGCUAUUCUGAGUGCUUGCUGUUUGAGACCAGACUUGGCCAUUUUGCCUAGUGGUGACCUUACUGAGAUCGGAGAACGUGGUGCCAACCUGAGCGGAGGUCAACGGCAGCGGAUAAGCCUGGCUCGAGCGUUAUACAGCAACAGAGGCAUUUACAUUCUGGACGACCCUUUAAGUGCUCUGGAUGCACAUGUGGGAAAUCACAUUUUCAACAACGCUAUUAAGAAGCAGCUGCGCGGAAAAACCGUCAUCUUCGUCACUCAUCAGCUACAGUAUCUGGUGGACUGUGAUGAUGUGAUCGUCAUGCGUGACGGCAGCAUCACAGAGCAGGGCAGUCAUGAAGACCUGAUGAAUCUGAAUGGAGAUUACGCCGCCAUGUUCAACAACCUUCAGCUUGGAGAAACGCCCAUCAUUGAGGUUCCGAAUAAGAAGUCUGGGAGUUCCCUGAAAAAACCCUUGGAGAACAACAAGGCAGGAUCCGUCAAAAAAGAAAAAUCCACCAACCAGGGUGAUGGUCAGCUGAUGCAGGUGGAGGAGAGAGGGAAAGGCUCGGUGCCCUGGGCGGUGUAUAAAGUGUACAUCCAGGCUUUAGGAGGCUGGCCCGUCUUCCUCUUCAUCCUGGCUCUCUUCAUCCUCAAUGUGGGAAGCACAGCCUUCAGCAACUGGUGGCUCAGCUACUGGAUCAAACAGGGCAGCGGGAACACCACAGUGCAGGUGGGCAACAGUUCAGUGCUGAGCGAGAGCAUGCGAGAUAACCCUCUGAUGCAGCACUACGCCGCCGUCUACACCAUGUCUAUGGGAGUCAUGCUUCUGCUCAAACUACUGAGAGGCAUCGUGUUUGUCAAGGGUACUCUGCGUGCUUCCUCAAGGCUCCAUGAUGAACUUUUCCAGAAGAUUCUUCGUAGUCCAAUGAAAUUUUUCGACACGACGCCCACAGCUCGCAUCCUCAACAGAUUCUCCAAAGAUAUGGAUGAAGUGGACACGCGUCUGCCGUUUCAGGCUGAGAUGUUCAUCCAGAACGUGAUUCUGGUGCUCUUCUGCUUGGCUGUGAUCGGCAGUGUUUUCCCCUGGUUCCUGGUGGCCGUCGGGCCGCUCGUCCUCCUGUUUACGGUGCUUCAUGUGGUUUCUCGAGUCUUCAUUCGAGAACUCAAACGAUUAGACAACGUCACACAGUCGCCUUUCCUGUCCCACAUCGCCUCCAGCAUUCAGGGCCUGACCACCGUUCAUGCGUACGGGAAAGAGGACGAGUUCCUCCACAGGUAUCAGGAGUUGCUGGAUCAGAAUCAGGCUCCUUUCUAUCUGUUCAGCUGUGCCAUGCGCUGGCUGGCUGUGCGUCUGGAUGUGAUUAGCGUCGCUCUCAUUAGCAUCACAGCUUUGAUGAUUGUCCUGAUGCAUGGUCAGAUUCCUCCUGCUUAUGCAGGGUUGGCCAUUUCCUAUGCUGUACAGCUGACAGGAUUAUUCCAGUUUACUGUCCGCUUGGCUUCUGAGACUGAAGCUCGGUUCACCUCAGUGGAGAGAAUCCAUCAUUACAUCAAGUCUCUGUCUCUGGAGGCUCCAGCGCGGGUGAAGAACAAGGCUCCUCCAUCUGACUGGCCUCAGGAGGGUGAGAUCGUGUUUGACCAAACAGAGAUGAAGUACCGAGACAACCUGCCGCUGAUACUAAAGAAAGUUUCCUUCACCGUUCGACCAAAGGAGAAGAUCGGGAUUGUGGGAAGAACAGGCUCAGGGAAGUCUUCUCUCGGGGUGGUUCUCUACCGGCUGGUGGAACCGUGUGGAGGCUCCAUUAAGAUUGAUGGCGUGAACAUCUGUGACAUCGGUCUUGCAGAUGUUCGCAGCAAGCUGUCAAUCAUUCCACAGGAGCCGGUGCUUUUCAGUGGUACUGUCAGGUCCAACUUGGAUCCAUUCAGCCAGUAUUCAGAGGCGCAAAUCUGGGAUGCCCUGGAGAGGACGCACAUGAAAGAAUGCGUGUCUCAGCUGCCUUUAAAGCUGGAGUCUGAGGUGGUGGAAAAUGGGGAGAACUUCUCUGUGGGUGAAAGACAGCUGCUCUGCGUGGCCCGAGUCCUUCUUAGACAGUGCAAGAUCUUGAUCCUGGACGAGGCCACCGCAGCUAUGGACACAGAAACCGACUGUUUGAUUCAGGAGACCAUUCGCAAUGCUUUCCAGGACUGCACCACUCUGACCAUUGCACACAGAGUUCAUACGGUGCUCAGCUGCGAUCGCAUCAUGGUGCUCAAUCAGGGCCAGGUGGUGGAGUUCGACGAGCCGUCCAAGCUCUUGGCGAACGAAAACUCGCGCUUCUGUGCAAUGCUGGCAGCAGUGGAGAACAAAAUCUCUGUAAGAGGCUGAAGGAUGUCCAAGCCAAGGUUUCAACCCAAGGACUGAAGGGAACAUUCUCCAUUAAUAUUCCAGUCAUUGCUGCUUCAAUGUUCCUCCCUCCUGCAAACCUUCGAGGACCUGCGGAGGGAGGUUAUUGUAUUUCCAUGAAACUCAUGGGCUGUCAUUAGGGGCAUGCCUGUUAAGAUGUACUACUUGUCAGCUUCAAUGGUUAGGUCAAGAAACACUGAUACUGUAAUGCUAUUUACACGACGGAGAGGGGAAAUCAGUUUUCAUGUAGUUUAAUUCAUGCAAACUGGUAUGUUUCACAGAGUACAUAUCUCUGUUUAUACGAGUAUAUAUAUGUAUAUGUAUAUGCAUAUAUAUAUAUUUACAAUGUCGUUGCAGAGUUCUUUUGUACUGAUUCUGCUGGUCUUUGUACAGUAUGUAAUGUAUAUAUACACACAUUCAGAUGUAUCAUCUUUCAUUAUGAUUGAAUAUUUUUGACAACUCGACUGUCUUCAGUACAUGUGUAAAUGUUGUCUUGUGACUUGAACCCUAAACUUUGGCACAGGUGAUGUUGAUGUCCGCAGGAUGUUUUACGAGCACUGAGUAGAUGGGACUCUUUUAUGAUAAACAGUGCUGCUUAUUUACUGUGUCCUUGCUCAGCACACCAAGGAUUCAGUCUUCUUUAGCUAAGAGGCCUUUGUAUAUUUCUAGCCUAUUUCCACCGUUAACAUUUCUGCCUGUUCCUUUUGUUUUUCCUCUUACGUGGUCAUUUUUUGCUCUUUUAUCUAUCAAAGCGUUUCUCAUUUUAGCUUAUUUUUGCACUUUGAAUCAUUCGCCUCUGUAAGAGGUUGGAGAUUUCUCUGACUUUGUCCCAAAAGAAAUGCUCGUUGAGCAGAAUCUGAACGGGCCUUUUGUUUUCUUCGUGUGUUAUUAUGUUGUCUUUCACAGCUCUGGUACAAAGAGAUGGCGCUGAAUGCACCUUCUGAAUCAGGUUGUAAGGGUAUUUUGUGGUCUGCAUAAAGGGGAAUCUGAUUUUCCCUCAUCAGAUCCUGCAAAACAGCAAAAAAAACGUUGUCUUUUCCAUUUCUUUCCAUAGCCUUAGCAUGAUUUCUUAAUUGCCUUGUGAAAAGGGUGGAAAGAGUAGGAGAGAGAACACGCUCUCCGCUGUCUCAAUAAAUUUAUUUUAGGUUUA